AUGGAACCAAUAACAUUCACAGCGAGAAAACAUCCGUUUCCUAACGAGGUCUCAGUGGACUUCAGCCUCCAGCUGGUGGGCUCGCUGCCCGUGCACUCUCUCACCACGAUGCCCAUGCUGCCCUGGGUGGUGGCGGAGGUGCGCAGGCACUGUGCACAGGCCUCCAAAAGGGAGCCCGGUCCCAAGCCUGUCAGGCUUUGUGUGGCGCCCUCUGGACUGAAAUGUGAACCUGAGCCCGGAAAGACCCAACAGUGGGACCCACUGAUCUGCUCUAGCAUCUUUGAGUGUAAACCGCAGCGUGUCCACAAACUGAUCCACAACAGUCACGACCCGAGUUACUUUGCUUGUCUGAUUAAAGAUGGCACAGCCAGCGAGCAGAGUAUCUGCUAUGUGUUCAAAGCGGACGAUCAAACCAAAGUGCCUGAGAUCAUCAGCUCCAUCCGGCAGGCCGGGAAGAUUGCCCGCCAGGAAGAGCUCCACUGCCCGUCGGAGUUUGACGACACGUUUGCCAAGAAGUUCGAGGUGCUCUUCUGUGGCCGCGUGACGGUGGCGCACAAGAAGGCCCCGCCAGCCCUGAUCGACGAGUGCAUCGAGAAGUUCAACCACAUCAGCUGCAGCAGGAAGGUCGAGUUUGAUCUGGGCUCCCAGAAUUCGGAAACCACCAACCCCGCCGGGGGAGGGCUUUCCUUCACGGAUAAGUUCCGAGCUGUGCUCCAGCCGGUGGGGAAUGGGGAGCAGAGCCAGAGGCCGAUGCGCAAAUCCUUCUCCCAGCCGGGGCUGCGGUCCUUGGCCUUUAAGAGGGAAUUUCAAGAUGGAAGCCUGCGAAGUAGCAGUUUCUUUAGCUCUUUUGAGGAAAAUGACAUCGAGAAUCACCUACUCAGUGGACACAAUAUUGUGCAGCCAACUGAUAUUGAGGAAAAUCGAACUAUGCUCUUCACGAUUGGCCAGUCUGAAGUUUACCUCAUCAGUCCUGACACCAAAAAAGUAGCGCUGGAGAAAAAUUUUAAGGAGAUAUCCUUUUGCUCUCAGGGUAUUAGACACGUGGACCACUUUGGAUUCAUCUGCCGAGAGACCUCCGGGGGCAGAGGCUUUCACUUUGUCUGUUACGUGUUUCAAUGUGCGAAUGAAGCUCUGGUUGAUGAAAUUAUGAUGACGCUGAAACAAGCUUUCACGGUGGCUGCAGUGCAGCAGACAGCCAGAGCGCCGGCCCAGCUGUGUGAGGGCUGCCCUCUGCAGAGCCUGCACAAACUGUGUGAGCGCAUCGAGGGAAUGAAUUCUUCCAAAACUAAACUAGAACUACAGAAGCACCUGACCACAUUAUCGAAUCAGGAGCAAGCAACUAUUUUUGAGGAGGUUCAGGUACAGUACUUACUGACACCACAGAUUGCAGCGGAGAAUAUUGGAAGUGAACUACCAUCUAGUGCCACCCGAUUUAGGUUAGACAUGCUGAAAAACAAAGCGAAGCGAUCUUUAACUGAAUCUUUGGAAAGUAUUUUGUCCCGGGGUCAUAAGGCCAGAGGCCUGCAGGAACACUCCACCAGCAUGGACCUGGACAAUGCCACAUGCAGUUCAUUGAGUAACACUAGCAAGGAGCACGGUGUGUGUGAGAAGGAGGCCCUGCCUGUCUCUGACAGCGCCUUCAGACUCCUGGGCUCCUCGGACGACCUGUCCAGCGACUCAGAGAGCCACCCUGCUGAGGAGUCAGCCCUGCUUUCACCCCCACUGGGCUUCAGGAGGCGCGCCAACACCCUCAGCCACUUCCCCGUGGAAGGCCAGGAGCCCCUGGUGCCAGCCGAGAGCCCCCCUGGGGUCUCACAGAGGAAACUUAUGAGGUAUCACUCAGUGAGCACAGAGACGCCUCAUGAACGAAAUGUGCAUCAUCCACCAGUGGGCGAGGCUGAAAGUUGCUCAGGUCAGUCUUCAGCUCCUGCUCCUCCAUCUCGUCUUAACCCCUCUGCGUCCUCACCAAAUUUUUUUAAGUACCUAAAACAUAACUCCAGUAGAGAACAGAGUGGGAAUACUGUGCCAAAGAGCAUCUCCUACCGUAAUGCCCUGCGGAAAAAACUUCAUUCUUCUUCCUCUGUGCCAAAUUUUCUAAAAUUUCUGGCUCCUGUAGAUGAAAAUAACACCUCUGACUUUAUGAACACAAAAAGGGAUUUCAAAUCCGAAGCCAACCACCUGGCCGAUGGCGGCGGGACCCCUGUAAAGACACGGAGGCCCUCGUGGAGGCAGCAGAUAUUCCUCCGAGUGGCCACGCCACAGAAGGCGAGCGACACCCCCAGCAGAUACGAAGAUUAUUCAGAACUGGGAGAGCUCCCUCCGAGAUCUCCUCUAGAACCAGUUUGUGAAGAUGGAGCCUUUGGGCCUGUUCCAGAGGAAAAGAAAAGGACGUCACGUGAGCUUCGAGAGCUGUGGCAAAAGGCCAUUCUUCAACAGAUACUGCUGCUCAGAAUGGAGAAGGAAAAUCAGAAGCUGCAAGCUUCUGAAAAUGACUUGCUGAACAAACGUCUGAAGCUUGAUUAUGAAGAAAUCACUCCUUGUCUUAAAGAAGUGACUGCAGUGUGGGAAAAGAUGCUCAGCACUCCAGGAAGAUCCAAAAUCAAGUUCGACAUGGAAAAAAUGCAUUCAGCUGUUGGGCAAGGUGUGCCACGUCAUCACCGGGGUGAAAUCUGGAAAUUCCUCGCAGAGCAGUACCACCUUAAACACCAGUUUCCCAGUAAACAGCAGCCAAAAGAUACACCGUACAAAGAACUCUUAAAACAGCUCACCUCCCAGCAGCACGCGAUCCUCAUAGACCUCGGGCGGACCUUCCCCACGCAUCCGUACUUCUCUGCCCAGCUGGGCGCCGGGCAGCUGUCGCUGUACAACAUUUUGAAGGCCUACUCACUGCUGGAUCAGGAAGUGGGGUACUGCCAAGGCCUCAGCUUCGUAGCAGGCAUUUUGCUACUUCAUAUGGGCGAGGAAGAGGCGUUUCACAUGCUCAAGUUUCUGAUGUUUGACAUGGGAUUGCGCAAACAGUACCGGCCGGACAUGAUUAUUUUACAGAUCCAGAUGUACCAGCUCUCACGGCUGCUUCACGACUACCACCGAGACCUCUACAACCACCUGGAGGAGCACGAGAUCGGCCCCAGCCUCUACGCCGCCCCCUGGUUUCUCACUGUGUUUGCCUCUCAGUUCCCCCUGGGGUUCGUGGCCAGAGUCUUCGAUAUGAUCUUUCUUCAGGGAUCAGAGGUCAUAUUUAAAGUGGCUUUAAGUCUGUUGGGGAGCCAUAAGCCCUUGAUUCUGCAACACGAAAACCUAGAAACCAUAGUUGACUUUAUAAAAAGCACACUACCCAACCUGGGCCUGGUGCAGAUGGAAAAGACCAUCAGUCAGGUGUUUGAGAUGGACAUCUCUAAACAGUUACAAGCUUAUGAAGUUGAGUACCAUGUGCUUCAAGAAGAACUUAUCGAUUCUUCUCCUCUCAGUGACAACCAAAGAAUGGACAAAUUAGAGAAAACCAACAGCAGCUUACGCAAACAGAACCUUGACCUCCUUGAACAACUGCAGGUGGCGAACGGUCGAAUCCAAAGCCUCGAAGCCACGGUUGAGAAGCUUCUGACUAGCGAAAGCAAGCUGAAGCAGGCCACACUGGCCCUGGAGCUGGAGAGGGCAGCCCUGCUGCAGACGGUGGAGAAGCUCCGGGAGCAGACUGCAGAGCCGAGCGGGCCGGAGCCUGACAGGCCUGCGGGGGACUGACAUGCAGGCGACAGACAGCCCCUGCCGUGCACAGCCCCGCGGGUGCGGGGGCGCCACCAUAACACUAGCCAGGCCUUACCCGGGGACAGACGAUGCUGGCGGGAAGCGUGACGAGAGCUGCUCAGGGAGGAGACUGACCUGCCGGCGUGCAGAUUCUUCGGAACUAAAACUUGCAUUUCAGGGGGCCGAACGUCCCAGUGUUUUUGUUGUUGUUUAGGUCCUCACUCACCCCUUCUCCAGUCCUGAUUACUGUACUCAUAGCUCUAGAAGGCAUGGACAUGAAUAAACGCACCUUUAUAUUUCCUUGUCGUUGCCUUUUUCACCAUCCCAGCUUGUGAAGGAGCAUUCAAGGUGCCGGAGAAGCGCAAGCCGGAGGCUGCAGAGGACGCCUUGGGCAAAGGUGCAGUUCCAUCGUUCUUCCAAAGAGACCACCCCUCAGCCUCUCCGACCUGGCACCGCUGGCUUGUGUCCACCCCGUCACAGAAGCCUGCGACGACCACGGGCCGAGACUGAAAGUGUCGUAUUUAAAUCUGGCAUCUUGAAUUUGAUCACUGUCCCUAUGUCUGAGGGGUUUUUUUGUUUGUUUGUUUUUUGUUUUUUUCCCAAGGUUUAUUUAUUCAUGCAUGCAGAACU